AUGUGGCCUGACUGUGGGAAAAGGUUCACCCAGAGAUGUAACCUGACAAGACAUCAGAAGAGUCACACAGGCGAGAAGCAAUAUACACAGUCUGACGGUGGGGAACAUCUCAGCAAUACCUCAAAACUUACCGGACCUAAGAGAGUGUACACAGCAGAGAAACCAUAUAAAUGCUGGGAGUGUGGAAAGACCUUCCAAAUGAGCACAGAUGUCAAUUUACAUGAAAGAGCUCACAGAGGGGAGAAAGAUAAUGAAUGCCUGGAGUGUACAAAGAGAUUUUGUCACAGGUCAAAUCUUUCUAGCUUCAGUCAGAAUAGCUCCCUUAGCUUGCAUCGAAGAACGCAUACAGGGGAGAAACCUUAUAAAUGCUUCGAGUGUGGAAAGGACUUCAGUAACAGUAGUGCCUUUACAAUGCACCAAAGAACCCAUACAGGGGAGAAACCUUAUAAAUGCUUCAAGUGUGGAAAGAGCUUCAGUCACAGUGGCACCCUUACUAAACAUCAAAGAACCCAUACAGGAGAGAAACCUUAUAAAUGCUUCGAAUGUGGAAAGAGCUUUAGUCGCAGUGACGACCUUAUUCCUCAUCAAAGAACUCAUACAGGGGAUAAACUUUAUAAAUGUUUGGAGUGUGGGAAGAGCUUCAGUCAGAAUGGCCACCUCACUUCGCAUCAAAGAACGCAUACAAGGGACAAACCUUAUAAAUGCUUGGAAUGUGGAAAGAGCUUCACUCAGAAUGGCAACCUUACUGUGCAUCAAAGAAUUCAUACAGGGGAGAAACCUUAUAAAUGCUUGGAAUGUGGAAAGAGCUUCUGUCAGAGUAGCAAACUUACUAGACAUCAAAGAACUCAUACAGGGGUCAAACCUUAUAAAUGCUUGGAGUGUGGAAAGAGCUUCACUCAGAAUGGCACCCUUGCUUCACAUCAAAGAACUCAUACAGGGGAGAAACCUUAUAAAUGCUUGGAGUGUGGAAAGAGCUUCAGUCAGAGCAGCAACCGUACUGUGCAUCAAAGAACCCAUUCAGCGUACAAACCUUAUAAAUGCUUGGAGUGUGGAAAGGGCUUCAGUCACAGCAGCAACCUUACUGUGCAUCAAAGAACUCAUUCAGCGUGCAAACCUUAUAAAUGCUUGGAGUGUGGAAAGAGUUUUAAUCGGAGUGACGCCCUUACUGAGCAUCAAAGAACUCAUACAGGGGAGAAACCUUAUAAAUGCCUGGAGUGUGGAAAGAGUUUCAAUCGGAGUGACGCCCUUACUGAGCAUCAAAGAACUCAUACAGGGGAGAAACCUUAUAAAUGCUUGGAGUGUGGAAAGAGCUUCAGUCAGAGUGGCACCCUUACUGUGCAUCAAAGAACCCAUACAGGGGAGAAACCUUAUAAAUGCUUGGAGUGUGGAAAGAGUUUCAAUCAGAGUGGCACCCUUACUCAACACCAAAGAACUCAUACAGGGGACAAACUUUAUAAAUGUUUGGAGUGUGGGAAGAGCUUCAGUCAGAGUGGCCAGCUUACUUCGCAUCACAGAACUCAUACAGGGGACAAACCUUAUAAAUGCUUGGAGUGUGGAAAGAGCUUCAGGCUGAGUGGCAACCUUACUGUGCAUAAAAGAACUCAUACAGGGGAGAAACCUUAUAAAUGCUUGGAGUGUGGAAAGAGUUUCUAUCGGGGUGGUGCACUUACUGAGCAUCAAAGAACUCAUACAGGGGAGAAAACGUAUAAAUGCUUGGAGUGUGGAAAGAGCUUCAGACACAGUGGCAUCCUUUCUGAGCAUCAAAGAACUCAUACAGGGGAGAAACCUUAUAAAUGCUUCGAGUGUGGCAAGAGCUUCACUCACAGUAGCACCCUUACCAAUCAUCAAAGAACUCAUACAGGGGAGAAACCUUAUAAAUGCGUGGAGUGUGGAAAGAGCUUCAGUCGGAGUGGCACCCUUACUCUUCAUCAAAGAACUCAUACAGGGGAGAAACCUUAUAAAUGCGUGGAGUGUGGAAAGAGCUUCAGUCGGAGUGGUGCACUUACUGAGCAUCAAAGAACUCAUACAGGGGAGAAAGCUUAUAAAUGCUUGGAGUGUGGAAAGAACUUCAGACACAGUGGAGGAGUCUGGGGGAUCGUGGCUCAGAGAGAACCAUCAGAAAUGUCACCAGAAAGACCUGAGGAGCAGAAGACGGAACACAAAUUGGGGAGUCAAGAUGGAGUCAAGAGAGAAGAGGAGAGCAAAAUGCAGAAGCCGGGAGAUGAAUCCAGAGCUUCUGAGGGUGAUGAAUAUAAAAUUCAACAGGAAACUCAUCACCUAAAGGAAAUGAGAACGCCUCCUGAGUGCAAUAAAAUCUUAAGCUGCCAACAAGCCCUAAAUCAGCGAGGGCAUAUGAGUCACAGAGAGGAGAAAGAGUAUGAAUGUUUGGAGUGUGGAAAGAGAUUUUGUCAUAGGUCAAAUCUUUCUGUACAUAAAAGAGUACAUGCAGGAGACAAACCAUAUAAAUGCUUGGAGUGUGGAAAGAGCUUCUGUGGGAGUGGCACCCUUACUAUACAUCAAAGAACUCAUACAGGUGACAAACCUUACAAAUGCUUGGAGUGUGGAAAGAACUUCAGUCAGAGUGGCAGCAUUACUUCAUCAAAGAAUUCAUACAUGGGACAAACUUAAAUGCUUGCUCAGCAUUGCCAGCUAACUAGACAUGAAAGAAUUCAUAAAAGGGACAAACCUUAGAAAUGUUUGGAGUGUGGAAAGAGCUUCAGUUGGACUUGCGACCUUACUGUGCAUCAAAGAACUCAUACAGGGGAGAAACCUUACAAAUACUUGGAGUGUAGAAAGAGCUUCUGUGAGAGUGGCACCCUUACUAAACAUCUAAGAAUCCAUUCAGGAGACAAACUUUACAAAUGCUUGGAGUGUGGAAAGACCUUCAGUCAGAGUGGCAACCUUACUGUGCAUCAAAAAACCCAUUCAGGGGAGAAACCUUGUAAAUGCCUGGAAUGUGGAAAGGGCUUCACUCAGUAUUACCACCUUACUAGACAUCAAAGAACUCAUACAGGGAAGAAACCUUAUAAAUGCUUUGAGUGUGGAAAGAGCUUCAGUCAGAAUAGCUCCCUUAGCGUUCAUCAAAGAAUGCAUAUAGAGGACAAACCUUAUAAAUGCUUGAAGUGUGGAAAGAGCUUCAGGCAGAGUGGCAAAUUGACUUCACAUCAAAGAACUCAUAAAGAGGGCAAACCUUAUUAAUGUUUGGAGUGUGGAAAGAGAUGGUAUUCUUCAGGCACAUCAAAUCUUCCACACAUGGGAAAACCCAUAUAAAUUCCUUUAAUAAGAUGUUUUAAGCACAAUUCCAGCCUUUUGGAAAUCAAAGGAUCCAUACCAUGUAGAGACUUAAAAAGUAUCUGGAGUGUUGAAAGAGGACAGGAGAGCAAACGUGGAAGCACCAAAAAUUGAAGAAAACCCAGGAGAGGAAGAAACCUCAAGGUGCCAAAUCACACAAAUAGCAGAAAGCAGCAAGAAUAUGCAGUGUUCAUUUAGGCUCAUUGCAUUUAAGGUCAACGAGAUCCUUCAAGGGCAACCUACAAUCAAAUACAGUAGGUCCCCGUUUCUCGGCGUUCUGCCAAUACAGCACCAGGGGGGCGAUCAGCUGGAGGGGGAGUUGGAGCUCUCUGAGCACCUGAUCUCACCGGAGGAGGGGAAGAUCAGCUGUGGUGCGCUACAGCUGAUCUCCUCAGGGGCAAUCAGACUCCUGCACUCCAGCUGAUCUCGCUGGAGGAGGGGAAGAUCAGCUGUAGCAUGCUUCUCAUCUUCUGGCACGAUCAGACUCCCGCGCUUGAGCUGAUCGUGCCCGAGAAGGCUGAUCUUCUCUUCCUCGGGUGCGAUCUUCGGGUUAGGUUCCAGAUCCCCGCGCUACAGCUGAUCCGCUUUUCGGUGGUUUUUUAUUUUUGGCAGGGGUCUAGAACCUAACCUGCCGUAUGAGUGGGGCUCUACUGUACAGACUACAUUAAUAAAUCAUGAGAAAAUAACACUGAAAACUUUAAAUAAGUACAAAACCAACAACAUCCAUUGUUAGUGGUUUUGUAGUUAUUUAAGCUUUUAAGGUUUAUUAUGUUAUGAUUUAUUUAUGUAGCCUGUCUUUGAUUGUAGGUUCCACUUGAAACUGGGUCUUGCUGACUUGAAACAUGUCAUGCCUGAAUAAACAUUCGAACAUUACAUUGUCUCACUGUUUUUUGCUGUCUGUUUGACCUUGGCACCUUGAGGUUUCUUCCUCUCCUGGGUUUUGUUUGAAUGUCAAAAGAGCAUCAAUACGGAUUCGUGGUGAGGGGGUUUGAGAAUGUUGAAGAAGCUGAGAGCAAAGCUGUCAAGAGUCUAGACCAAGAGGCUAGAUUCCUAGCAGUGGCACCCAAGACGGAAUGGUCAAAGCUGAGACAUCAGACUAAGAUGCAUCCAAACUCAGAGGAAGGCAAUGGUAAACCACCUCUGAGUACCUCUUACCACGAAAACCCUAUGAACAGAGUAUCCAAAAUGCAACACGAGAUAGUGCUGGAAGAUGAGACCCCCAGGUCAGAAGGCACUCACCGAGCUACUGGGGAAGAACAAAGGACAAGUACGGGUAGUGCUGUGACUAAUGAUGCAGCUGGGUCAAAGCCGAAAGGAAGCCCAGAGGCUGAUGCGCACAGAUGCGAAAGGAGAGUCUGGAGUUGUACGACUCACACAAUAGGAACAUGGAAUGUGAGAAGCAUGAACCAGGGAAAGUUAGAUAGGAUAAGGAUAUUGCAGAGAAGCUCAAUGAAUGCUUUGCAUUUGACAGUGGAGAAUAUAGGGCAGAUCCUGGGACUGAACUAGCUUUUGCAGGAAGGGGGUCUGAAAAACUGAGGCAAAUAAUAGUGAUGAGAGAUGAAGUCCUACACUUAAUUGUCUAAAGAAAAUAUGAGAAAUCACUGGGUUGGAAGGGCAUCGACUCUAGCGUUCCCAAGUCACUCAACUGUGAGAUUGUUGAUCUUCCAAAAAUAUGUGUCUCACAUCUGCCUCCAUUCCUGAGGACUGGAAAGUGGCCAAUGUAACGCCAAUCUUUAAAAAAGAUUCAGGGGCGAUUCUUGAAAUUACAGGCUGGUUAGCUUAUCGUCUGUCCCAGGAAAAUUGGUAGAAAGUAUUGUUAAAGAUAAAAUAACCAAGCAUGGCUUCUGCAAGGGUGAGUCCUAGAAUUCUUUGAGUGUCAACAAGCAUAUAGAUUGAGGUGAUCCAGUGGACAUAAUGUACUUAGGCUUUCAAAAAGCUCUCAACAAGAUAAUUCGCCAAAGACUUCUGAGUAAGCUUACCAGUCAUAGAAUAUGAGGAGAGGUCCUCUUGUGGGUCAGGACUGGGUAGGAAACAGAAAGAGAGUAGGAAUAAACCGACAGUUCUCUCAACAGAGGGAUGUAGAAAGUGGAGUCCCUAAAGGAUCAGUAUUGGAACCCUGCUAAAGAUAGGCAUAAGCAGUGAGAUGGUCAUGUUUGCUGAUGAUACUAAACUGUUCAUGGUUGUUAAAACAAAAAGGGAUUACAAAGAGCUCCAAAAGGACCUCUCCAAACUGAGUGAAUGGGCAGUGAAAUGGCAAAUGCAGUUCAAUGCAAACAAGUGUAAAGUUACACAUAUUGGAGCAAAAACCUUAAUUUCACAUAUACGCUCAUGGGGUCUGAACUGGCGGUGACUGACCAGGAAUAAGGCCUUGGGGUCAUAGUGGAUAGCUCAAUGAAGAUGUUGACCUGCUGUGAAAUUAGCAGUGCUGGGUGACCGUGGUGAAUCCACCCGUAUACCCCGAGAAGGCUGAGGAUCCUUUCAACCCCUAAUGUUAUGGGAAACAAUUUCUGCAGGUGUUUGUCUCAUGACCUGACAUUUCCCAAUACAGAACUGAAUCUUUAAUAAGAAAAAUUAGGGAGAGAAAAAACGACAAAUCAGAAUGCAGAAAAGUUGGGGUGUUCAGUCCUUUGGGGCUGGAACUUUGGCUCAUCAUCAACUUUGUACUGAUCUUGCUUUUCUACUCUUUAUGUACAUACAUUUCUUAUUUUAAUAUUUUUACUUACUCCCAGGUGAGGUUUAUAUUUCACUUUUAUUUUUCAAACUUUCCCCCUUCAUCUCUGUUCUUCUGGAGCCCAUCUGCAGGGCCUUACAUUCAGCUGGUUCCUUUGAAUCCCUGCUUGGAUAGGGAGCUGUCCUUUCUUUCUCUUUUCUUAAUAUUUAGGAUAAAUGCUUAUAUACCUGUACCAUAGCGAAGCUUUAACUAGUUUGGACUGGUGGAAGGGAGUAAAAGAAAGUAGAAUUGCAUAAUAGUUAAAAUUAACAUUGGUUUUGCAUGCCAUAAUUGUUUGUAAUAGUUAAGUUGCAUCUUGUUCUUCUGAGUAAAGUUGACAUAGCCAUAUUCUGUUUUCCAAGUAAUGGUUAUUUCUCCCUUCCCCAAGAUUCGAUAAUGUGCUGUGGAUUUCUCUUUGAUAUUAUCAUGCUCCUGUCUUUUAUGGACUGAAACGUAUUUAAAAUAAAUCUCUCCAAACA